AUGCCAUAUGAUAAAAGCUUCGAAGACGACCCAAAAAUGAUGACAGAUACAGAGUCACAUCUUUCUAAUGACUCCAUAAGGCACGAACCAUACCAGCUUCAAGCUAUUACCAGCGGCAGGAGUAGCAUUGGUAGCCGAAAUACGCGAGACAGCAUGAAAAGAAUCAAAUCGAAUAACUCUGAGCUAUCAAGAAUUAUAACAGCAAUUAGAGAUGACCACCAACAAGAUCACGAAGAGUUUCAACAAUACCGAGAUGACGUCGAUCUUGACAGAAUUCUAGACACACAGCUAGAUAGGACCUCCAGACGUAGCGUCGCCGAUGAGGAGAAUAAUAUAGAACAACGAGAAUCGUAUGAGAAGGACGCGAGUGCAGAUGAAGAAGAAGGGGAACAUGGGGAUAAAGAAGAUAUAGACGAGCCUCCAGAUGGAGGAUAUGGCUGGGUUGCAGCGUUUUGUGCCAUGAUGGCAGCUUUUUCAACAUGGGGAGCCAAUGCAGGCUAUGGAGUGUUUUUGAAUUACUAUCUAUCUACAGAUACAUUCCCUGGGGGUGGGGCCUAUGAUUAUGCGUUAAUUGGAGGAUUAGUUGUAUUUUUAGCACAGGUGUUGGCACCGUUUAGUGCAUUAGCAUAUAAAAUACUUGGAUUUUAUACGCUUUGCUUUAUUGGAAUUUUCCUACAGACAUGUGGAUACAUUCUUGCAUCCUUUGCAACCAAGCUUUGGCAGAUUUAUUUAACCCAGGGCGUCUUAGUGGGGGUAUCUUUCCUGUUGAUUUUUAUUCCACCCACGCUCAUCUUACCUCAAUACUUCAAGAAAUAUAGGGCGUUUGCGAUGGGCAUCGCUGUCUCUGGAGCUGGUUUAGGAGGUAUAGUGUUUGCCUUAUCUACAAGUAAACUUAUUCAGGAGACCGGAGACCAGAGAUGGGCACUUAGAAUGACUGGGUUUGUUACUCUAACUCUGGCUUUAAUAGCUACCAUUUUAAAUAAACCUAGAAAUUAUAACCCCAUGCCAUACUCGACUACGCUUAAAAAAAAGUUUAUAAUAGAUAACUUUAAAUUAGUUUUCGACAUCAAAAUAUUUAAAAGCUAUCCUUUGGUGUUAGUAUCAUUAUGGUUCCUGUUGUGCUUGUUAGGAUACACUUUGAUGCUCUUUUCAAUGGCGGCAUACUCUAGUCUGGUAGGUUUAUCUGCACAUGAUGCCUCUACUGUGACCGCUUUGCUUAAUGUUGGUCAAGUGUUUGGUCGUCCUACUCUUGGUUUAGUUGCAGAUAGAGUGGGAAGAAACAAUCUUGCUGCGAGCGUCAGUUUACUUAUUUCAAUUCUUCUAUGGGCUUUUUGGAUCAAUGCUACAACAUUCCCGGUGAUAUCGGUGUUUGCAAUUAUAUUAGGGUUUUUCAUUGGUAUUGGUAGUUUGAUGUGUCAAUCAUUGGCAGCCGAUAUUAUUCAAGCACCGGAAAAAAUUCCGGCUGCAUGGUCAAUUAUUAAUAUUAUUGUCCUGUUCUUCUGUUUGGUUGCAGAAGUCAUUGCAUUAGCCAUUAGAGAUGAAAGUAGUGAUAGACCAUUUUUAAAUACCCAAAUCUUUUCGGGGUGUUGUUUUUUUGCAGCUUUUCUUUUGUUAUUAAUCGACCGUGAAUGGCUCGUUAGAAGAACUUUAUAUAACAGACUACUUGCAGCAAAAUCUGGUUUUUCGUGCCUUGAGAAGAAGAGGCAUAGAUAUUUAAAUACAGACGACUUGCAAGAGGACGGAGCCGAAAUCAAUAGCAGCAAAAUGGAGCUUGAACUCUUAGAAGCAAGGGUAACAAAAUAUGAAAGGCUAUUGCGUAAAUCUGCUGUAUACUUUUUUAUCAGGAUGGUUUAUCCGAUCAGGGUCUAA